CAGUACAAACAUACACGUGCAAGACGCAGUCCUACUCUUUUCUCUAUAGAUAGAUCCAUAAAUCUGCAGAUGGAUACGUAUCUACUAAGCAAAGACAUAGCAAUAUCAUAUACCUGUCGAACACUUUUAGAAAAAAGAAUCGAUAUGGCAGAUAGACCUAACAACCCAGCUACAUAUGUAAUGCACAUACAUAAUCAAAAUAAUACAGUCAGAAAGAAAGAAGAAACAGACAGAUACAGUACGUAUGUACAGUACAGUACAUACCUACAUGCAGAUAUUUUCUUUCUCUAUAAUCCAAGAAGAAGAAGAAGAAGCCAAGAGGCCAGACCAGGCCAGACCACACCAUACCAUACCGGGCCAGAUCAGAUCAAAUCAAAUCAAAUCAGAUUAAAUCCCAUUUAG